UUGCGGUACCAGAGUUAAUUAACUUUAGACUUUUGAAUGCAACUCGGUACUCCAUACCGGUUUAGGGGCAGCGCAUCUGAUUGAAAAGCCCAUCUUCCCUACAGACAUACAAUACAGGCUUAAGCACUUUGAAUAUAGGAAAAUGUGGGGUGGCUGCACAGCGGGCGGGCCCUUUACCACGCAACGCAAACGAACGAAUAAUUUACCUUUUAUCAUAUCCACUGACGCGAUCAGUACACAACUCAGCGUACGUUCUUAUUAAGCACGCAAUGUAGGUGUUGCGGUUUUCGGGUGUAGUUGUAAUAAAGGUAAGGGUGUUUCAGUCGACUUAUACGUCGGUUUCGACUUUAGUCUGCUACCAACUCCGGGAGACGGCGCGUGCGGCAGCGGAGCCGAGAUUCGUAACAAAGUAAAGUUUCGUGAUUUGGAAAAGGUUUAUUUUCAAAUUUAAUUCGCCGUUGUUGUUGCUUCUAUUGGCUACUCUUGGAAGCUGUACGGGAGAUAUAAAGGUGGAAAUUGAGAAAAAGAAUCAUGCGACGUCUCGCACCAUUCACAUGUUGCCUGAUUAUUGUAUUCACCACGUUUAUAGAUGAGGGUAAUGGAAAAUGGAAAAGUAAAAACAGAGAAAAUCUCCAGAAAGACAUCGCUGAGUUUCAGGAAAUGGCGGAAAAGAUUGAAGAUGAAAUAGAAGACAUCUACGAAGAAUAUUCUGAUAAUUGGGUCAAGAACGCAGAAAUUUCUAACGAAGAAGCAACUUUCGACGUGUCUGAUGUAGACAAUGCUAAUAAUACUUACAAUGAUAAAAAUAAUAUCAAUAUCCUUAAUUUAAUAAGCAAUUAUACGAAGGAUCUAACCGAGGGCAAAAAUAGACCUGUGCCUGAAACUUCCAAGGUAAAUGGAACGCCUACAAUUGAUACAAUAAAAAUAAGUACGACUGAAAAAGCUAAUGUGUUUCGCUCAAAAUGGCCAAAAUUUGAAGAUAUUUUGCUGGACAUAGGCAAAAAAUACGAUUGGAAAAAUGACAGAUGGAUUAAAGUAAAAAAGAAAGCCAACCAAUCCAGCGAAGAAAAGCACAUAGCAUUCCAUGAGAGACAUUUUAGCUACAAAACUGUGAAAUUAAAUAGAAGUAAAAGUAGACGUAAUGUCGUGAUAGCAGUCACGGCGGUAAGAUAGGACGUGCCAAGUCGCCUGGCUCUCUUUGGUAGAAAAAUCUAAAAUCUAUUUUUAUUAGUCGCUGCGGGACCAAAGCGUCAUCUAGUCGAUAAUUUAAUAUUGAAUCGUAGCAUUUAAAGUUCUAAAAGGAAGGAAUGGCUAUGUGAUCCCAUUUAGCAGUUUUGUAUCGAUGAGAAAUUAGGUUUUCUGUAAUAUACCUCUCGUUAUCGUAGUCAUGUGCCAUUUUGAAUAAACCAGACCCCAUUGUAUUUAAUCCGCAAUUGCUUCAAAGUC